AUGGUUGGGUCAAUGAUAUGUCGUGUGCUGGCAGUACUAUCACUCAGCCUGACAACAAUUGCAACUCCUGUCCAACUAGCUCGCCGGGCAAUCUCAAGCGAGCUACUAGAACGAUUUACUCUGUUCUCCCAAUUUGCUAGUCUAUCGGCCUGUGACCAAAACAUCAACAACACGGGUCAAAGUUUGACUUGUGACUACGGCACCUGUGAACUUGUAGCAGCUGACAACACGACGGUGAUCAACACAUUCCACAGCGAUCACGGCCCGACAGGCUACAUCGCGCUAGACCAUACACGGCAACUGAUCGUCUUAACAUUCCGUGGAACUGUAUCGGAAAGCGACGGCAAAACAGAUCUCGAUAUCGUUCUCACCCCGAUUGACGACGUGUGCACCGGGUGUAAAGCCCACCAUGGGUUCUGGAUUUACUGGAGUGAUGUAGCCAGCCAGGCGACGACCCAGCUUCGCGAUGCAACCACCGCUUAUCCGGGCUAUAGGCUGAGUGUUGUAGGACACAGUCUGGGUGGUGGUAUUGCAGCGCUAGCAGGGACUGUUCUUCGAACACAAGGGUUCACUCUGGACAUUUGGACAUUCGGAGGCCCGAAACCAGGAAACAUGAAGCUGGCCGAGUUCAUCACCAACCAACAAGCGCCGAACAGCAUCUACCGAGCCACGCAUACUACAGACCCCAUCCCGAAAGUACCGCUCAACUUACCGUUCUUGGAUUGGAGCCAGCCUUCCCCUGAAUACUGGAUUACUCAGGAGACUGGAGUGCAGGUCACCACUGAUGGUGUGGAGUAUAUUGGAGGAAUCAAUAGCAAGGCGGGGAAUGCUGGCUCGGCUCGGGAUUUGAGGUGGCCGAAUCCUAAUCAUGGAUGGUAUUUUGGGAAUAUGAGCCGCUGUGCGAAGGCAUCAGAUGCAUCAUCGUGA